AUGGCGGCGGCCAAGAUCGUGUACAAGAAGGAGGAGCGCCUACCCCUUCUUGGCAAGGAAGCGACCGACCAUGGCUUGGGAGAUAAGAGUCCGUCGGAACUGGGCGGAUGCAUGAGUAACGUUUUCUUCUCGUGGUUGACCCCGCUCUUGGAUCUCGGGAACAAGCGUCCGUUGGAAUUUGACGACCUCUACCAGUUGAACGCGGACGACCGGGCCGCGCAAAUCUCGGCGACGUUCAAGAAGUACUGGGAGAUUGAACUCACGAAAUCGAACCCGCGACUCUGGUGGGCGUUGGCGCGGUCGUUCGGCGCCCAAUUUGUCUUUGCUGGAGUCCUCAAGCUACUCCAUGAUUCGUUGCAGUUUGUCGGCCCCAUGGUGAUCAAGUAUAUCAUUGCAUUCCUCAGCGACCCGACCGCCGAAUUGAACACGGGGUUGUGGUACGCGGCUGCGAUCUUCGUGUCUGGGGUUGUGCAAUCAUUCUCGUUGCGUCAGUACUUUUUUCUGUGUUUCGAAACGGGACUGCGGUUCCGUUCGGCCAUUGUCACUGCCGUGUACCAAAAGUCACUCGUCCUUGCCGCGUCUGCUCGUGCCAAGAAGUCGACGGGCGAAAUCACCAACCUCAUGAGCGUCGAUGCCCAGCGUUUGCAAGAAAUCACCAACUACCUGCAUGCAAUUUGGUAUGCCUUGUUCCAGAUUGGCAUCUCCUCCUACUUGCUGUACUUGCAAUUGGGCGUGUCGUUCCUUGCCGGUGUCAUCGUGAUGCUCCUCAUCAUUCCGGCGACGGCUGCUAUUUCACAGUACAUGCGAACGCUGCAGCGUGCACUGAUGACAGUCAAGGACGAGCGCGUCAAGGUCGUGUACGAAGUGCUCAGCGGCAUCAAAGUCAUCAAGCUCCAAGCGUGGGAAAACUCGUUCACGAACCGCGUGAUGCAGUUCCGCAGCAACGAGUUGGAACGACUCCGCACUUACAUUUACGCGCGCGCGGCGUCGAGCAUGGUGUUUAACGGCGUGCCGUCGCUCGUCACAGUCACGUCGUUCUUUGCUUACGUUUACAUGGGCAACUCGUUGGACGUCGGGACGGCCUUGACUUCGCUAGCGCUUUUCAACAUCUUGCGCUUUCCAUUGUUCAUGUUACCCAACGUGAUCAACUCGCUCGUCGAAGCUCAAGUCAGUUUUAAGCGUUUGGAAGAGUUCUUCACCAUGGAAGAGCGCGAGCCUGUGACUGCAGGUCCGUUGAAAGUGACGUCGAUCUCGCUCCAACACGCGGACUUCGAAUGGGAUUCGGCGCAGGAAACUGACGCUGAUGAAAACUGUCAAAUUGAACCCAUUUUGCACGACAUCAACAUUGUGAUCAAAGAUGGCACUUUGUGUGCGGUCGUUGGAGCCGUCGGGUCGGGGAAGAGCACUCUGUUGUCUGGCAUUCUGGGCGAUGCUCGUUGUGCCAGAGGGUCGGACAUCUUCAAGCAGUGCAUCAAGACGGCGCUCAAGGGCAAGUUGGUCGUGUUGGUCACGAACGGGUUGAACUUUUUGAAAGAUUGCGACUCGGUCGUCGUGCUGGAGCAAGGACGCGUCGUGGAGCAAGGCACGUACCAGAGUUUGAUGGACACGGCCGGUGGCGUGUUGGCCAAGAUGAUGGAAAGUGUCCCGGAUGCUCCGGACAAAGAAGACGAGGUCGUCGAACACCACGGAGAAAACGACGAAGAGAUUGAAGCUCGCCAGCGCACUGAGUCAAACCGCAGUGAUGUGGACACGGACAAAGCGAACAACGCAGCGUUGAUUGCAGACGAAGACCGCAGCACAGGCGAUGUGCCAUGGUCUACGUACAAGGUGUGGAUUGACGCAUGCGGUGGUCUUUGUAUGGGGUUCAUGGUUAUUUUCUUCUACGUGCUGACCAACUGCGCCAACUUGUCGUCGACUUUCUGGUUGUCGUACUGGAGUGAGAACGCGGCCGAUACGUCCCACGGUCAGCUAUACUACCUGUACAUCUUCAUGGGGCUCAACGCUGUUGUGAUCACCUUGAUGUUCGUGCAAAGUUUGGCUUUGUACGUAACGGGAUUGCGAGGGUCGACGUUGAUGUUCAAUCAACUGCUCACGCGCGUCUUGCGUGCUCCGAUGUCCUUUUUCGACACGACACCGCUCGGCCGCAUUGUCAACCGCAUGAGUAAGGAUGUGUAUGCGAUCGAUGAAACGAUUCCAGCCAACUGGGGUAUGCUCUUUGGCACGGUGUUCAGCGUGAUCACGACCAUUUGCACCGUUGUGUACGUUACGCCAUGGUUUUCAGUGAUUUUGAUUCCGCUCGGAGUGCUCUACUACGCCAGUCAACGCUACUUUAUCAAGACUUCCCGCGAAUUGCAACGCCUUGAUAGCAUUUCCCGCUCCCCUGUUUACGCUCUGCUGACGGAAACCCUCGAGGGCCUUCCAACCAUCCGAGCGUUUGGUGUUGAGUCUCAGUUUGCUGCACGCAACGAAAUCAUGCUCGACCGCAACCAGCGUGCGUACUUUUUGAACUUCAGCGCCAACUGCUGGCUUGCUUUACGCCUGGAGUUUGCUGGCACGAUGGUCGCAACUUCGGCGGCUCUGUUCGCCGUGCUGGGUCAUGAAGCCAACGCAGGGGUCGCCUUUGCGGGUUUGGCGGGUGUGUCGCUGUCUUAUGCAUUCAACGUCACCCAAAGUCUCAACUGGAGCGUUCGCAUGUUGAGUACCAUCCAAACUCAGAUGGUCAGUGUAGAACGAGUGCACACGUACACCACGAUGGAGGUGGAAGCCGAGUUGAACGCCGAGCCCAUCAAGCAACUGGAACUCGAAAAUGCCAAGUGGCCAUCCCAAGGCAAAGUGACGUUCACCAACGUGGACCUGCGCUACCGCCAAGGUCUUCCCCGCGUCCUGCGCAAGCUCACGUUCACGAUCCACGCCAAGGAAAAGAUCGGGAUUGUCGGCCGCACGGGAGCGGGUAAGUCGUCCCUGGUCGUGGCGCUCAUGCGCCUGGUCGAGUUGGACGCUGGCCAAAUCACGAUGGACGACGUCGACAUCGCGACGAUCGGGCUCCACGACCUCCGCGACAAGAUCUCGAUCAUUCCGCAGGACCCGGUGCUGUUCUCCGGCACGAUCCGGUCCAACUUGGACCCGUUCGACCGGUACGGCGACGACUCGAUCUGGACGGCCAUCAAGCGCGCCAACUUGCACAACGCCGUGACGUCGCUGGACGACAAGGUGGACGAGCGCGGCCAGAACUUCAGCGUGGGCGAGCGGCAGCUGAUUUGCAUCGCGCGCGCGCUGCUGAAGAAGUCCAAGGUGAUCUUGAUGGACGAAGCGACGGCGUCGAUCGACGCCAACACGGACCGCCUCAUCCAAGACAGCAUCCGCGAGUCGUUCCAGGACUGCACGUGCUUGACGAUUGCGCACCGCAUCAACACGAUCUUGGACAGCGACCGCAUCCUCGUGAUGGACAAGGGGUCGGCGGCCGAGUUUGACACGCCCGCGCAGCUGCUCAAGAACCCCAAGGGCAUCUUUACCAACCUCGUCGAGCACUGGCGCGACGACAACGCCGAAUAG